AUGAGCUGGUUCGCUAACCUAUUUGGCUCCUCUCACGUGGGAUACCAGCUCUUGGACCAUAUGACCUGGAAACAUGUUCGCCCAAAUUUCAACCCGGCCUUGGAGAGGAGGCGCUUCCUCGAUUGUCGGAAAUUCACCGCGCCGAUUGUCAUUGCAAGCAUGCUAUUGAGUGCCCUCGCUGUCGUUCUGUACAUCAAUGUUCGCGAAUACCUAAAUGCACGGGAUCAGUUCGCCCUGCCGAGGGUCACGGUCGAUCUCGGCUAUGCAAGGUAUUCAGGAAGCGUUCUUCCCAACGGUAUCAACCAGUUCCUGGGAAUGCGCUAUGCGGCGCCUCCGCUGGGAAAUUUGAGAUGGCGAGCGCCUCAAGAUCCCGAGCCUGAAAAGGGCACGACGGAUGCCCUAGAGUUUGGUCCAAUAUGCCUGGCGACAGACGCGUCUUACCCUGCGGGAGGGCAAGAUGAGGAUUGCUUGUAUGUCAACGUUUGGGCACCCAAUAACACGACGCCUGAUUCGAAGCUGCCUGUCUGGUUGUUCAUUCAAGGUGGAGGAUACACCUCAAAUUCCAAUCCAAACUGGAACGCUUCUCAGGUGGUUGAUGCUUCAGACAAAAAUGUCGUGUUUGUCGGGUUCAACUAUCGGGUCGGUCUGUGGGGGUUCCUGGCGGGCGAAAAGGUGCGAGACGAUGGCGAGCUGAAUGUCGGGCUUCUCGACCAGCGAUUCAUGAUGAAAUGGGUCAAAACUCAUAUCUCCAAGUUCGGCGGUGAUCCGAACCACGUCGUCAUUCAUGGGAUAUCAGCAGGUGCUGGCUCAGUUGCUCUUCACCUUACAGCAUACGGCGGGCGGGAUGACAAGAUGUUUGUAGGAGCCGUAGGCGAAUCCGUCUUCUUUCCCGCACAGCCGCGAGUACCCGAGCUCGAGUACCAGUUCCACAAGACGAUGGAAAACGUGGGCUGCAAAGACGAAGAGGACCAAAUGGGCUGUCUCCGAGGCAAAGACGUCCAGACUAUACAGAAUGUCAACAGGGGUUCUCCGUUUCCCGGCAGGCAACUUAACCCACACUUCUACUGGACUCCCUGCAUCGAUGGCGAUUUCAUCCAGGACUAUCCCUAUGUGAUGUUCGAAGAAGGAAGCUUCAUCAAGGUCCCAGUGCUUUUCGGGACAGGAUCGAAUGAGGGAUCUGUCUUUGCAGCAAACGCAGAAACUCAGGAUCAGUUCAUGAACUUCAUGACGGACAACUAUCCCACCCUCACCCAGAACCAAACUAGCAUCAUGCUCGAAAAGUAUCCUCUCCUGCCUCCACUGCCAAACCAUAAUGCUUGGUUUCCCUCAACAAGCCAGGCCUAUGGCGAGACGACCUUCAUCUGCCCAUCCAACAACAUCAUGAACGCCUACGCUGCUGCUAAUCUGUCAUCUACGACCUGGUCCUACCGGUUCAACGUCCAGGACGAUACUAACACCGCCUUUGGGUUGGGUGUCCCGCACGUCUUCGAAGCCCCUGCCAUCUUCGGGAUCGACUCUUGUCCGACACCCGACAGCUUCCGCACGUACAACCGGCCAAUGAUACCGCUGGUGAUGAACUACUGGAUAUCGUUCAUCCGGACCCUCAACCCAAACACACAUAGGCUCGAGAACGCGCCAGAGUGGGUGACCUGGGGUAGCGCAGCCAAACAGUCGCGGUACGUGUUCGAGUUGAACAAUAACCGUAUGGAGGACGUCGACGACGGACAGAAGGAUCGGUGCGAAUUCUGGAGAGGCAUUGCAGACAUUACGCAGCAGUAA